GUGGCACCCCUCAGGCUUAAAAGGGACAGCUCCAGACUGGCUGCUCCGGCUUUAAAACGGGAAUCUUUCGCUUUGGGAGACUCCUGUUCAGGCAGGCGCGGAUCGAUAAUAUCUUGAAUUUUCUCAUGGUAGUCGCCCUCUGGACUGGGGUUUCUUUUUAAACCUUGCUUAUGUAUAUGCCCUGUUUUUCCUCUUAAAGAUCUCUGGGAUCUUUGGUUAUUUUUUCUUGUUUUAUAGCAGUGCCAGCUCUGUCUCCAAACCAGGCCUGCUUUCCUGACCUCAUUCUUUAUCCCGUGGUUUUGACAAACUCCCGUUCACGCCACUUUGCCAUAAUAGCUGCCUUCUCCCAGAAAUGAGUUUCUUCUAAGGUUGAGGAAUUUCCCAGUGUCAUCGACUGUACUCUCUCCCUGGCUCCUACUAGGGGUUCAUUUGAAGGAAGAACAGACUCAGAGAGUUGUCACUUGACUAGUGUCAGUACGACUACACAGUGGCUGAGCCAGAAUUAAACCCGCCAUUCAACAGCACCAGCAUUGGGAGGGUGCAUGUCCAGCAUGUGUACAGGGCUCCACACCCUUCCAUGAGGCGCUGUCUCCCCACGACACUCUGACCGGCCCUCCCCACAGGCAGUUCUUAGACAGUCUUUCGCCAUCUGCGCCAUUCUGGCUCUCCGCACUGCGAUCCCUCCAGAACAGAGACCAGGUGCAGCUGCUCACUUAGGAAGAUCAGAGAAUAAAAAAAAUUGCUGCUGCUCUUGGAAAACUUGGGAGAGGAGACCAUGAAGACUUUGACUUUAAGACGUGAGGAAAGAGCUCUGUGUUCUCAGGCCUCAGCCCUGGCCCAGCACGGGGAGGAGAAGACCAGGUUUCAGGACUUCUGCGGUCUUUGUGAAUUUAUUUACAGAAUCCACAACACAGACUCCACAGGCCAGAGUCUGCAUCCCAUGGGCAUGCUAAAGCUAGGUGCUGUUGGAACUGAGGCCGUGACCUUCAGGGACGUGGCUGUGGUCUUCACUGAGGAGGAGCUGGGGCUGCUGGACCCGUCCCAGAGGAAGCUGUACCAAGAUGUGAUGCUGGAGAACUUCCGGAACCUGGUCUCACUGGGAGACAAGAAUGGAAAGGAAAUGGAGUAUAUUCAAGAAAAAGAAUUAAAGUUCCUUUCAUGCAGAGAGCUCUCCUACUGGAAAAUCUGGGAACAGGCGGCUGGUGAAUUGACCGGGAGUCAAGACCAUCGAGUAAAUCUUCAAGGGAAAGAUGUCCAGUGCUCAGACGGCACUUCCCUACGUCAGGAGUGGGAAGGGGCAUCUACUGAGGGCUCACGAGUUGAAAGUUCGGUGAACAGCCCUCAAGGAGAUUGGCCCAUCAAUUUGGGAAAUCAAGAGCUUCCCACUUGGAAAGCUGUGAGACUGGUCUCCAUUCAAAAAUCUCGGACGAAAGCCUUUGUGAACAAGCCAUGGAAUGUUCUAGAAAGGAGUAAAAAUCUGAAAAUGGAGGAUAUAAUAUGUAAAUGUGAGUGGGAUGGCUAUGGCUUCAGCUGUAAGUCAGGUUGUCACAGUGACCACAGAUUAGCUGAAAGAGAGAAAUCAUGUAAUUGCAAUAAAUGUAGAAAAGACUGGAAUAAACAGUCAGUACUUCACCCCAGCCCCGGAGAGAAUGGCUUGGUAAGUGAUGAAUGUGGAAAUGGCUGCGGGGACGAUUCAAACCAUCCUGUUUUUCCAAGAGUCCCUUUGGAAGAGAAACCCUGCACGUUUCAUGAAUUUGGUCAGGAUGUGAGGCGGACUGCCUGUCUUGAGAGACAUGAAAGAAUUCCCUUGGGAGGGAAAUCCUGUAAAAGUAACAAGUACAGUCUGGGCUUCAAGCAGGACACAGGACUUCACAACUGCCCCGGGGUCCCGGCAGGAGAGACACCCUACAGAUGUGACAUGUGUGGGAAGGGGUUCGGGUACAAGUUGGUUCUUCUGAUCCAUCAGUGGGUGCACACGGGGAAGAAGCCCUACAGAUGCAAGGAGUGUGGGAAAGCCUUCGGUCAGAGCUCCAAGCUGCUUGUCCACCAGAGAGUCCAUAAUGGAGAGAAACUGUUUGAAGGCCGUACGUGUAGAAAGGGCUUCAGCUACAACUCGGUGCUUCAGGUCCACCAGAGGCUACACACUGGGGAGACGCCCUCCACUCGUAGCGAGUGUGGCAAAGUGUUCUGCACCAAGUCUGUACUGCACACACAACAGCGUGUCCAUCCGGGAGAAAAAUCCCACAGCUGCAGCGCCUGCGGGAAGGGGUUCAGCUGCAGCACCCACCUCAGCAGUCAUCAGAAGAUGCACAUGGGAGCGAAACCCCUCCAGCGUGACACGGGUGAUGCAGGUUUCAGUCACAGCUCGUGCCUUCGGGCUCUCCAGACAGUUCACACAGGCAAGCGCCUGCAUGCAUGUGACGUAUGUGGGAAGAAUUUCAGUUACAGGUCAGGGCUCCUCAGGCAUCAGAGGCUGCACACGGGAGAGAAGCCCUACAAAUGCGAGUGUGGGAAGAGCUUCGGUCGCAGCUCCGAUCUCCACGUGCACAAGAGAGUCCACACAGGAGAGAAACCCUAUACGUGUGUGGAGUGUGGGAAGGGCUUCCGACGGAAUUCAGACCUUCAUAGUCACCAGAAGGUCCACACGGGAGAGAGGCCCUACCUAUGUGACAUGUGUGGGAAGAGCUUUAUUUACAGCUUUGACCUGGUCAUCCACCAGAGGGUCCACACAGGAGAGAAACCCUAUAAAUGCACUGAGUGUGGCAAAGGCUUCAAUCACAGCUCAGGGUUUCUCAUCCACCAGAGGGUACACACAGGUGAGAAACCUUAUCGGUGUGAGGAGUGUGGAAAGGGCUUUAGAAGCACCUCAAGCCUUCACAAACAUCAGCAGGUCCACACGGGAAAGAAGCCCUAUACGUGUGAUCAGUGCGGCAAGGGAUUCAGUUACAGGUCAAAUCUGCGCACCCAUCAGAGAUUGCACACCGGAGAGAAGCCCUACAUGUGCUGCGAAUGUGGAAAGGGCUUCAAAUACGGCUCAGGUCUCCUCAGUCACAAGAGAGUGCACACUGGGGAGAAACCGUAUCGCUGUGACGUGUGUGGGAAGGGCUACAGUAAGAGCUCAUAUCUUCAAGGGCAUCAGAGGGUCCACACUGGGGAGAAACCCUAUAAAUGUGAGGAGUGUGGGAAGGGCUUUGGCCGAAGCUCCUGUCUUCAUGUCCACCAGAGGGUGCACACUGGGGAGAAGCCCUAUAAGUGUGAGGAGUGUGGGAAAGGCUUCAGCUACAUCUCAGGUCUACGAAAUCAUCAGAGAGUGCACUUCAGUGAGAAGCCUUCUAAGGAGGGGUGAAUUGAGGUCUCUAGUUAGGACUCAGAACUUCAUCUGACAGUGAACAUUGAGAAAAACUUGAAUGUGUUGUGUGGGAAGGGCUGCAGUGGAGCUGGCAUUUUCACAGGCGGCAGCUAGUCUGUAUGGAAGGAUCCAGAAGUUUGAUAAAUAGGGAAAGCAGUCCAGUCACAAAUAGUCUUCUGGAGUGUUGCACAGCAGAAUAGUCCAUAAAGACAUGACAUGGCAGUAGCUGCAGUAGAAAUGGUGACUUUCAGAGUUGGUUUAGUGGGAGGUUUUGCAAAUGAUGGGUAAUGAGAAGGUAUCAAAGGAAGAGAUAUGGCCCUGGCUGGUGUGGCCCAAUUGGUUCGUGCUUUGUCCUAUACACUGAAAGGUCGCAGGUUUGAUUCCUCAUUAGGACACGUGCAUACCCAAGGUUGCAGGUUCAGUCCCCAGCUGGAUUAAGUAUGGGAGGCAGCCAAUCGAUGUUUCUCUCUCUCU